AAACGGAAAGAGUCACAGAAGAAGCAAACAAGGAAGCAGCGCCCGGGUUACCGCGUUGUGGUUGGGCAUACACGAAGGAAUCAAUUGCAGGCUAUUGAGAUUGACUGUUCGCCCGAGAGAUGCCUCCUUCGGUGCCUGUGCCUCAGACGGGCUUCCAGGCCCUCAUCCUGUGUGGGCCUGGAGUGUCUCUGAAUACCUUCACGUCGAACCCGGAAGAGUUCCCCAAGGCUCUGGUGCCGAUAGCUAAUCGCCCCAUGGUCUGGUACGUGCUAGACCUACUGUACCGGAUGGGGAUUACGAAUAUUACGCUGGUGACCCCCCCCGCAAGCCAGGCCCCGUUAGAGGCGGCCCUGUCGCAGAACCCGCACCUCACAUCGCUUCCGUCACCGUCGCCGUCGGUGCUUGCGCCUCCCGGACUGACGCUGACGAUGGGAACCGCCGAGCUGCUCCGGCUGCCGGAGGUGCAGUCAUGCAUCAAGUCUGAUUUCAUCGUGUUACCGUGCGAUCUGGUCUGCGAUAUUCCCGGCGAGUCGCUGCUCGAGGCGUGGAUGGUGACGCACGGUGCGUUGGAUGGUUCGAUCGUGCGGGAUGGGCGGACCGCCGCGCAGGCCCCCAAGACGGCGGGACUCGGGGGCGAAGGGGGAGGCCGCCGUGGCGGGCUCGGGGUUUGGUACCAGACGCAGGGGCGGGAGGAGAGCGUGAAGGGGGAGGUGGCUGAUUUCCUGGCGACGACCGCGCUGGAGCCCAACGAGGCGCCCGCGGUGUCGCACCCGCUGGACGGGCCGUCGUCGUCGGUUCGGUACGGCCUGUCGAAGCUGGUGCUGUCGAUGCCCAUGGUGACCUUGAAGGAGAAGAUGGAGGAGCAGAAAGGCCUGCUGGUGCGCCACGCCCUGGUGAAGAAGCACGCGCAGGUCAAGAUGCUGACGACGUACCGCGACGCCCACAUCUACGUGUUUCCCUACUGGAUCAAGGAGAUGGCGCGGGUGAAUGAGAAGUUCGAGAGCAUCAGCGAGGAUCUCGUCGGCUGGUGGGCAAAGGCCGAAUGGCAGACCGGGCUGGCGGAGAAGCUGCAGCUGCGGGAGAUCCUCGACCCGGACUCCAACACCAGCGGGCGCGGCGACAACGGCAGCCACGAUGGCGAGUCUCUCGAGGAGGAGAUCGACCUGCAGGCGAUGAGCACGACGAAAGCCGGCUCCGCGGUGACCAUGUCCGGCGGGUCCGCGCCCCAGCAUGCCCCAGAGUACCAGUUUGCGUCUCGAGUGCGGACGGCAACGCUGGACAACAACAACAACAACAACAACAACAACAACACCCGGCUCGACGAGACGGCCUCCGAGGAGGAGGCGCUGCCGGUGCCCCCGAUCCUGGCGUACGUGCACUCGUCGAAGCCGUCGGCGCCGCUCAUCCGCCGGGUGGACAGCUCGGCGCUCCUGCUGUCUGUGUCGCUGCGGCUAGCGAAACUGGAGUCCCUGGAGGAGACUGGCCGGGGCGGGGCGGCGUCUCCGUUCGCGCACGCCCAGAAGAUUGCGUACCCGGCUGGCGUGGCGCAGCGGUGCACGGUGACGCGGGCCGACUGCCUGCUGGCCGACAACGUGACGGUGGAGGAGAAGUGCGUGAUCAAGGAGUCUGUGAUCGGGGCGAACUGCCACAUUGCGAGCGGGGCGCGCCUGACGCGCUGUCUGAUCAUGGACGGGGCCGUGGUGGGCGAACGCUGCCAGUUGACGGGGUGUAUCGUCGGCCGGCGCAGCAAGAUCGGUCGCGAGUGCGUGCUCAAGGACUGCGAGGUGCAGGAUGGGAACGCCGUGCCCGACGAGACGGACGCCAAGAACGAAAAGUUCAUGGUGUUCGAGGGGCUGGAGGGCGACGAGGACGAGGAGGGCAUGGACAUGGACGAGGAGUUUGACGAGGGCGGCGACGAUCUGGGGUUCUAGAGAUUUGCUACACAGGACUGUGUAUUCCACUAUACAAUUAUUAUGUAUUUAAGCAUCUGCUCAUAUGAUUGAUUUAUAUAUUAUAUAUAAUUGAUUAUAUAUAUUCAG